GAUUCUGCAUGAAGAUGUUUUACAUCAAAUGUAUAAAGUAUGGAGGCCCCAUCAAGAAGGGAGAGAAAAUCAGUGUCCUGCUGCCCAUGCAAUGGGUCAGCUGAGGAAUUACAUCCCAUGUCCAUAUCCAGAACUGUGACUUAUCACAUCCUAGUCCCAGCCUGUAA